UCGCUUUCAUACCUUCUGGGUGCAUAAGUAAUUCAUUUUUAACGGCGUGACAAAAAAUCUAAAGAAAUCACGUUUACCUUUGGAAUGUCAAAGUUGAAGCUUGAAAAAUAUUGAAAAUUAAAUUUUCGGUAACGAGAGCAUAUUCGGUUUGAUCCAGAGAAUUUUGGACAGAGACAGAAACUACAAUAACACGAAAUCUCGCGCGGUCAUCUACUGUCUCACGAACUCGGACGGUACCGUUAAUAUGGAGUUGGAAAUCGACGGAAAAACUAGAAAAUCCAUUAGGGCGGCUGAAAAUCCGCACCUCGAAGCUAGAAACUCGUUCCAAAUUACAACCGAGCAGGGCGACACGGUAACCUGCAAGCAUUCACCUGGUUUCAAAAUCGUCCCGAAGAGUACCAAAGAUGAAGAGGUAACCGGAAGGGUUACGUUUUCGAACAACGAGGCAACCGACGUCGAAGAAAAGGAGGAAGACUCUGAACCGACUGUCGGCGAGCUGUUGAAGAAUUUCCCCAAGAAACAAGUCGACGUUUCCAAAACAGAGCGAGACCAAAUCUCGAUGCUGCUAAAGCAAAUACAAAAGAUGAAGGCCGGCCUGGAGAGGUUACGGGACAUCGCGAUGCAGUUCAACUGUUCGGAGAGAUUCAACGAAGAUUUAAGCUUCCUGAUGACCAAUCUGAAGCCCGAGUUGCGAGAUGGCGAUGAAGACUCUACCGAUCACAACCUGUCCUCCGGUUUCUAAAUUCUUGUGUGAAAAUUGUCGGGUGUCGUGGGUGGAUAUUGUAAUAAAAACGCGACGUUUAAGCGGUUUCUUCUCGUCUUUCGUUAUUAUUAUAGUGAACACAUUCAUAAAUUAUACACUGGACUUCUCACUAAUUCGGAAAAAUGAAAAAGACCACGUCUCGUUUCACAGGAGGGGGAGCGUCGGGGGCGAAAAUUUAAAUAACAAAAAGUCAACAAAUAAAAAUACUAAACAUAAAACUACUUAUAUAAAUUACAUUAUCAACUAGCAAAUAUAACUAUUUUCACAGUGUUUACUUUUUUUAUUUUGUAACUAUAGUAACGUCGACCUCGGUCCGCCUCUCUCUCUCGCUCUCUGUUACAAAAUACUUGGAAUUUUCUCGCGGUUGCUUUUUAAAAAUCCUACAAUAUAUUA